AUGGACAUAGACGUGGACGUGGACGUGGACGUGGACAUGGACGUGGACGUGGACGUGGACGUGGAGGACGUGGACGUGGACGUGGACGUGGACGUGGACGUGGAGAACUUGGACGUGGACAUGGACGUGAACGUGGACGUGGACAUGGACGUGGAGGACUUGGACGUGGACAUGGACGUGGACGUGGAGUGGACGUGGACGUGGACGUGGACUGAACGUGGAGUGGACGUGGACGUGGACAUGGACGUGGACGUGGACGUGGACGUGGACGUGGACGUGGACGUGGAGGACGUGGACGUGGACGUGGACGUGGACGUGGAGGACUUGGACGUGGACAUGGACGUGGACGUGGACGUGGACGUGGACGUGGACGUGGACGUGGACGUGGACGUGGACGUGGACGUGGACGUGGACGUGGACGUGGAGGUGGACGUGGAGUGGACGUGGACGUGGACGUGGACGUGGACGUGGACAUGGACGUGGACAUGGACGUGGACGUGGACGUGGACGUGGACUGGACGUGGAGUGGACGUGGACGUGGACAUGGACGUGGACGUGGACGUGGACGUGGACGUGGACGUGGAUGUGGACGUGGACGUGGAGGACGUGGACGUGGACGUGGACGUGGACGUGGACGUGGACGUGGACGUGGACAUGGACGUGGACAUGGACGUGGACGUGGACAUGGACGUGGACGUGGACGUGGACGUGGACAUGGACCUGGACAUGGACGUGGACAUGGACGUGGACGUGGACAUGGACGUGGACGUGGACAUGGUCGUGGACGUGGACGUGGACGUGGACGUGGACGUGGACAUGGACGUGGACGUGGACAAGACGUGGACGUGA